AGGCAAUUUCAAUUUCUCCCUCCCUCACGCAAUUGACGUCUCCAAUAUUCUGCCUGCCCAAACGAAAUCAUGAGCUUCAUUUGCGCAAUCUCGGGAGAGGCGCCAGCAACGCCGGUUAUCUCUGCAAAGACCGGGCGCGUCUACGAGCAACGGCUGCUGCAAAAGUACCUGGACGAGGAAGGCCGGGAGCCAGGAACCGAGCACUCGCUAUCCGAGGACGAAAUCAUUUCUGUGCAUGCGGACCCACCAGCAGUGAAGCCACGGCCGCCCACACUGACAUCGAUUCCUGCGCUUCUGUCGACCUUCCAGAACGAGUGGGAUGCGCUUGUCCUCGAGACGUUUACGCUGAAGCAGCAGUACCAGCAGGUGCGCCAGGAGUUGUCACAGGCACUGUACCAAAACGAUGCAUCGUGCAGGGUCAUCGCUCGGCUGAUCAAGGAGCGCGAUGAGGCACGCCAGACGCUCGAAUCGCUACAGGCACAGGUUGGUGAACUGAGAACCCAGCAGGCAGUAGACGCAGAUGAUGCCGCCGGUGCUUCCAUGGAGGUUGACGCUGGCAACCCCGAAGAGGUGUACUACGAAAAGUCGGCCGAGGUGGCCACGGAGCUUCGCAAGGGUCGUGUCAAGCGCAAACUGCCUGCCGAUCUGACCCCUGCCGACCAGUGGAAGGCUGCUGCUCUGGCAUCUACCGUGGAGUCGCUCCACUCGACGACCCAGCCUGGAAUCCUGGCACUGGAUGUCGAUACCACAGGUGAGCUUGUGCUGACUGCCGGCGAGGACCACCACGCCGAAGUCUAUGCGCGCUCGAAGGACCAAACCCUGGCCACGCUCAAGGGCCACACCAAACGUGUCAAUGCUGCGCUCUGGAUCAACGGCGGUGGCCUUGGAGAGCGCAUUAUCACUGCGUCGGCCGACAAAUCAGUGCGGAUCUGGCAGCCCAAGGCCAAUAACACUCAUGAGAAUGCAAAGGCGAUCGGCUGGACAAAGAAGCAUGUAAUCAAGACCCAUGCGGCCGAGGUGACAAGCCUGUCUAUCCAUCCUGGUGGCGAGUAUUUUGCCAGCGCCUCAAUUGACGGGACCUGGGCCAUCCACACCAUCGAUGGCGACACUGUCAUCACAGAGCAGCUCGACUCGCAGAUCACUCAGAUCGAGUUCCACCCUGACGGCCAGUUCAUUGGUAUUGGCACCGCCGAUGGCCUUGUCAAGAUUGUUGACGUCAAGCAAAAGCAGACCUUGGCUACUCUUGACGUGGCAACUGAGGCAGAGGCAAAGCAGGUUGUUGGCCUGCACUUUAGCGAGAACGGCUACUACUUUGCCACCACAAGCGCAAUGUCAGCUGCCGUCUGGGAUCUUCGUAAACAGCGCAAGGUCCGCGAGUGGUCGUCUAGUGACUUGGAGUCUGACGAUGCUGCUGCCUUUACUGCUAUCAGGUUUGACAAGACCGGCGGAUACCUGGCCUUUGCCAACGACAAGCUUCACAUCUUCCAGGUCAAGGGGUGGCACCAUCUGUGCGCGCUGGGAGACAGCAGCGCCAUCACCUCCGUUGCCUGGAUUGGGUCUCUCUCGACUGGAAUCGUUGCUGCCUCAUCCGACAACAGCCUCCGUGUUUUCGAGCCCAAGUUGCUGGAAUAAAAGUAUAAAGUGUGCACUCGCAUGUAGAGUUGCCUGCCCUAAGCACAAUUUAUUCCUCAGCAGAAACGCGACAAGCAAAGCUAUACUGCAAUUUCUUGCAACCACAUUUAUUUUGUACGUAAUCGAUC